AUGGCGAAAAUCUAUCGUUAUAACCUUAGUACAAAAGGUCAAAAAUCUUUAAAUCAUGCUGAUUUAAUAUCAAAUAAUGACGUUCAACAAAUGUUAAAUAAUGUGUUUGAAGAAGGAGAUUUGUUUAAUGAAAGUGAUGAUGAUGAGGAAUUAAUUCCAAAUGAAGGUAAUGAAGUGGAAACAAGUGACGUUGAUGAAAUAUUAGAUAUCGAAAAUGUAGUAGAUUUGGGCCCAUGGGUACUUAUUGAUAAUACAACACUCCCUAUUGUUACGCGUCGUAGAUGUAAUAGUGAUGAUGAAGAUGACGAGGAUUGGAAUCCUGAUGAAAUUUAA